GCAUACCUUUUGGUCUCAUUUUCCGAAGAUACUAACGGAACAAAACGUAAAAUGGAUUUCCCGGUUUCUUCUGAUUCCAGUUGAGGCGGCACCAACCAUUUGCCCAGAGCGUUUGGGAACGUCUGCUCUGCGCCAGGUUUCACGCACCGCACCAUUCUGUUCGGAUUCGAUCUUUCGCGGCCCGUCGUCGAAACAAAAAGUCGUCAAUCCGAUUCGAUUCGAUUCGAUUCAGUCCGAUCCAAGGAUUUGAUUUGAUGUCACUGUGUGCUCUUACUAUACCUCUUGCCCCACGUUGCCAUUUGUGCAAUCUGCGAGUGGGUGUGGUGUUUGGAUUUAUUUUGUCGACUACGAAAGACGACGCCCACCAUUCUUUUGGACUAUGCAAUUCGCGGAUACCAAGACGGAUAGCUCCCAGAGAGGUACGUGCAGACGCAAGCAGUUUCGAAACCAGAUUAGCCGGGAAGAAAGAGGAACUGGAGGUGGUGCGGUUGGGCGAAACAACACGGCACGAUAUGAAACGGCACGAAAGAAAGAGGGUGACGAUUUUGGAGAAGGCGUCUGUCCAUGGCAUUUGCAUGCCCGGGCAGAGUAGAAAACGAGAGAGACACCCGAAGUGGUGGACGGAGUCAAAUUCCACUCUUUGGGCCACACCAUUGUCUUUGACGCAGCGCCUUUUGAUAUCCGACUCUUUUUUUCGCGUGUGACUGUCUACGCCACAACGUACCCGUACCGCAUUCGUUCCCGUCUUCGGCUGCCGUGAAAAAGUCUGUUCCAAUCGACCACAAUGACUCACAACAGUUCUGCCGUUCUCGCAAUUUUUCAAUGAUUUAGAUUAGACACCCUUGCACAACCCUGGCGACAUGGAGAGAGAAAAGGGACCAAUCGUUGGCACUAGGAAAGCCGAGAUCGAUGUUUCAGUAUUGGCUCUUCACUGUGCGAGUUCCCCGGGGUGCUUGCUUUCCCGAAAAGAUUUCUUAGCGUUGUAUCACGGACAGAUAGUAUCGAAAUAGCUUUUGACCCCCAAAGAGCUCUUUGUGCUUGACGAACCAAGAAACGAACCACACAGCCAGCAUUGGUCACCCUUUCCUUCCUAUCAGAAAGAGAGAAGGAUGACCCUAGAACUAUUGGUGGGGCUCCAAACACAAAGUAGCAAGAACCGCAACAAUGCACUACUAGUAAUAGUAGGAGUCACUACAUAUACAUUA